AUGACGCAUGACGACUCCGACACUCCCUCUCAGACGUCCGACACAGCGAGGCCGCGGAAGAAGGCCUCGAGGGCUUCCCGCCCUUCCACCACGGAGUCUGGGACGACUAUCGCGGGCUCCUCCGCGAGCGCCGCCUCGCCGAGACCGACGAAGACGCGGCGGCCCACUCGUCCACCUGCCACCUCCCGGCAGCCGGAUGAGGAUGGUUUUGUCGCCCCUCCCAGGCGGCGCACUGCCAGGGCUGCUGCGCUGCAGCAACCGACGCCGCUGCCGACCGCCAACGCGUUCGCAGGGGCCAGUGUGGACGCGACUGAAGAUGGCACCGCGCCUCCUGUGUCGGCCCAAAAGAAGCCCCCGCCCAUCGUCAUCCAAUGGGCGGGCGGGUACAAGGAGUUCCAGCAAAAACUAGACAGGGCGGCUACGUCCGCCACUGUCAAGACUGCUGGCCGUGACCUCUACAAGGUCACGGUGUCCUCCAACGAGGAGUACCGCGCGGUGAUGGACACCAUCUCCAGAGAUGGCCUCCCGGGCCGAAACCACCGGAGCGGAGGGGCUGCUCCUUCUCGUAAGGUGCACCCGUCCACCAGCUUUGCUGCCGCCACCAAGGGCGGACCAUCAGCCGCCACCGCCAGACGUUCGGAACUGGCGGCGGGCGAGACGAGGCAACCGGCCGCGCCGUCCCCGGCUUCGCCCGGGGGGGAGGCCAACCCACCACCCACGCAGAGCGCGCGGGUUGCCGCCCCGCGCAGGCGUCGCCGGCGCGCGGGCCGGGCCACCCAUGCCGCUGCACGCUGGAAUGCCGAUGACACACUGCCACAACAGACGACGGCACCUCGUGCUACGCCGCAACCGGCUGCCGACGCUCCGCGGCAGUCGUCUGCUACGGAGUUGCCGCAACCGGCCUCCCCAGUGGCGGAGGCCCCCCCAGCGGCCAACGCCGCCCCCUCGGCCACCGAUGCAGCCGAGCUCCAGGAUAAGUGA